AUGGAGAAUCGCGUCAAGUGUCUCCUGUACGGAGCGUUGAUUUUCUCCUCUUUGGCGUUCUUAUUUUUCGUGAUCGGAUUUUCGACACCUCACUGGCUUGAAUCAGAUGACCGCUACAUAACAGUCAAUCAUUUUGUUCGUCUCGGACUUUGGGAAGCUUGCUUUAAUCAGUGGACAUACUACAAAGACUACACAGGCAAGACAUACAACGGAUGUUGGUGGAUUUUCUCAUAUGAAUAUCGUCCCAUUUGGCAAUGGUUGAACCCACCAUGGUUCCUUGGAGUUCAAGUAGUGAUGACAUUGACCAUGAUUUUUGAGGGCGUGUCCCUCCUGCUUCUCAUCCUGUUUGUUAUUGGUUGUUGUCCAGGGAAAACAAGCUACAAAGGACUUUUCUUCUUAGCAGGACUUACAAUAUUAUCGGGGUUAUUGACUGCAUGCUGUACAAUUAUUUUCGGGGCCAAGUCUGUGAUUGACCGACAGUGGCUGGAGAAUCCUGACCAGAACUACCUGUCCUGGUCAUUUGGUCUGAUUGUAUUGAGUGGAUUCUGCAUCUUGUUCAGUGGAAUGUGUAUCCUUGUGGCAGGGAUGCAAGUCCGAAUUGAGAGUCGGUACAGGGAGCCUGAACCUUAUGAAGGAUACAACAUGAAACCAGCUCCAACUAAUUAUUAAAUUUGGAGCUAUGUCAUUAUAGCACAUGUAUAUCUGAAGGAUUGAACUACUGAUAUCAUUUUCACAAAAAUUACUUCUCGUAAGGAAAUUCAUAAAAAAAUUUUUAUGGUAAUGCCUUCUUUUAAUUCAGGAAUGCAUUUAGUUCUCUAAGUCACAGAAAUUUUACAUAAAAGGAUUCUUUAAAGUUAAAGAACAUCACAUGGUUGUGAUAACUUAUGACCAUAUCAAAGAAGCAUUUUGGUAAUUAGAGCCAAUCACAGAGGUGAUACUGUUCGGUAUAUUGUCUUUGUAAGUCACCUGUUGGAGGCAAUAAUGACCUGUCACUUCCAGAGCCUAACACCAAGACAAUCAGGAUUCCGUCAUAAUUUGAGGCUUCAAACUUUGUCCUGAUGGAGGUCAUUUUGGUCUUGAUUUCUCCCUAGAAGUUUCUAUGGAGUCUUCGUAGUCUUCUUUUAGUGGAUGAUAAAUUUUAACAUUGGACAAUUACUGGUAGAACAUGUAUAAAAUCACUGAUAUAAUAUAUUAAUGGAUUCCAGGAAUGAGCAUGGGCAUUUUUGUUAAUAAAUAUUUUUUACUUAUAUUUAGGAACUAUUUUCAUCUAUUUACGAAAAAAAAUCUCCAUUCCAAAUGUGAUUUUUCAAAUCAAAGCUGAGAUCAAAAACAUUUUGACCUAACAAAUUCUAAUUUAGGGGAUUUGCAGUCACAAGGAAAACUCUCCAAGCUUGAUCAUGGAUAAAAAUGUUUUACUUAUGCAUACAUGAAAUUACACAUAUAUAAAACUGUUUUUGUUAUUCAAAAUUUUGUUUUGAUAAAAAAGAUAAGGAUAUCUUUCAA